CGGAACACUUGCACCAACCCAACGUACAUAAAACGGUCAACGAGACAUACAUAACGCCAAGAAAAGGUUUAUCGGAUUCGGAGUUGGCUCGUGGACCGAAAGAAUAUUCCAUACAACAUACACGUAUCUCCCGACGGACCACAUAACUUGGAAGGACUCCUGGCUUUGGAACUAUGGAUCAAUACGACGAGUGGGGGAAUUUCAUCGGGGACCUUUCGGAUGAAUCGGACGCAGGUAGUGAAGCCAAUCAGAAUGAAAGGCAUUCACCCACGGUCGAGCCACUGGCUGAUUUACCCGAGCCAGAUGAAAUCAACGAUAUGGAAGUCGACCAUGUAGGUUCAAGUAACGCAGUCGUAUUACACGACGAUAAAAAAUACUAUCCUCUUGCUUCGGAACUGUAUGGUCCCGAUGUCGAAACCAUGGUUGAAGAAGAAGAUGCUCAACCUCUUACGGAACCGAUCAUCAAUCCCAUCAAAGUCCGCAAAUUCACCAUUGUUGAAAAGGGUGAAGCCGUACCCGAGACAACCUUCUCAAAGCAAUUCAUGGCUGACCUCAUGAGCCAUCCUGAAUCCGUUCGAAAUGUCGCCGUCGUAGGCCAUCUUCACCAUGGCAAAACAGCUUUACUCGAUAUGCUAGUCCAUGAAACACACGAUUUUGAAUGGGACACGAGUAAACCUCUGCUAUACACGGACACACACAUUCUUGAACAGCAGCGUGGCAUCUCACUCAAGUCAUCGCCCAUGUCGUUUGUUCUUCAAAACUCCAAGCAAAAAUCCUUCUUGGUCAAUAUGAUCGAUACUCCCGGACACGUGAACUUUUUGGAUGAAGUGACGAAUUCCUUACGUCUGGUAGAUGGGGCAAUUCUUGUGGUUGAUGCCGUUGAAGGUGUAAGCUUUAACAUAUCCUGGUUAGAUACCAAUUACACUAGACCUGAUUGA